GUAGCUCAUCAACUGUGUGUCUCAUGAUGAUUAUCAAUUGAUAAGAAAAUUUCUAAAGUAUUAAGAUACCUAUAAAAUAAAUAAUCCACAUGUAUUUAAACUUAGUUGAUUUAGUUGGUUGCUUAUUAAAAAUAUCCUAUUAAAUUAACAUGAGGUACAGCGUCUUCUUUUUUCUUGCUGUUUUGGCAACUGCUUCUGCUUUAAGUGAUCAUGGAGAAUGGACACAUUUCAAAAAAACUCAUGGUAAAUUUUAUAAAAACUCAGUUGAAGAAUCUUUCCGAUUUUCAGUGUUUCAAUCAAAUUUACGUAGAAUUGAAGAACAUAAUGCAAAAUUCGAGCAAGGACUAUCUUCUUUCAAAAUGGGGAUGAAUAUGUUUGGUGAUUUAACCGGUGACGAAUUUCUUGAGAGGCAAAAACUUUCAGAGAUGAACAGACCAAUAGCUUUAGCAAGAACUAAAAAUUUUGAGGAUACAAUCGAUAAUGAUGAUGAUGUUCCAGAUAGAAUUGACUGGAGAACUAAGGGAGCAGUAACUGAAGUAAAAAAUCAAGGAAACUGUGGGUCCUGUUGGUCAUUCAGUACCACUGGCGCACUUGAAGGAGCAUAUUUUUUAAAAACAGGGAAACUCGUUUCUCUGAGUGAACAGAACCUCGUUGAUUGUGCUAAAGAUGACUGCUAUGGUUGCAAAGGUGGUUGGAUGGGCAAAGCUAUGGAGUACGCCGAGAAAAAUGGGAUUAUGAGAGAAGAUGCUUACCCUUAUAAAGAGGUAGCCAGUACAGAAUGCCAAUUCAAUGUAUCGGAAUCUGUAUUGAAACCCAAAGAACAUAUUUUUGUAACUAAUGGUAGCGAAGAUGCUUUAAAGAAGGCUGUUGCUAGACAACCAGUAGCUGUAGCUAUAAACGCAGGACAUGAUUUUCAAUUCUACAGUUGGGGAAUUUUAGAUGAUUCAUCAUGCGUAUCUGACUCAUAUCAUUUGAACCAUGGUGUAUUGGUUGUUGGAUAUGGUAUUUUCAACGAGAAGGACUACUGGAUUGUAAAAAAUUCUUGGGGUGCAUCAUAUGGCAAGGACGGAUACGUGUGGAUGCCAAGAAAUAAGAAUAAUGCAUGUGGAAUUGCUGCAUAUGCUUUAUAUCCAGUGUUGUAAAUCUAAUUAUUUUAGUUGAAAUGAUUUUUAAAUUUUCUCUAUUUAAUAAACGUUUUGAAUUAUAU